AUGGCCCAGCAAAAAACCGUAAGCGAAUGUAAAGUCCCCAUAAAAAGAAUUCACAAUUCAAUUUGUCGAAUGACCGGGGAAGAGGUGGACGAUCAACAAACUGAAAUUGCUUCCACUUUACCACUGACAACACUAGAACCUGCUUUCGAAGUUGAAGAAAAAUUGAAGUGCCAAGAGUAUCUCACCGGAAUGAAGCUGUUCGUUUCGAGAAAAAAAGUUGUUUCGGACAGUGUAGAAGAUGUAUUGCGACACAUGUACACUGACGACUUUUUAUUGUUGUGUAAUUGGGGUGGAAGGAACGGCAAGCAAUCCUUAUCGCAGUUUUCCUUAGCAUCUAACAUACUUUAUGAUACUUUUAUGUUGCAUGGAUUUACAUCAUUUGAAAAGCAAAUGAGAAAAUCAAUCGAGCUGAGCCACCACAGAUCGAAACAGAAACAAUAUAGGAAAAGAAAAGCUGACGAAAAUAGUUGCUCACAAGUGGCAUAA